AUGCGGCACGCCCUAGAACACUGGACAGAGCAAGCGUCCUCCACCACGCCACCGCCACCCGUGAUGCCGGCCGAGUUAGCAGCAGUGGUGGAGAGGCGCCUCUCUGCCGUCUUGGCCCGCCACCAGCAGCUGGAAGAGCUGCUUUCGCAGCCUGACACGUCACCAGACGACCUGGCGAGAGCAGGCAAGGAGAUGAGCGAUCUGGCGCCAGCUGUCGCAAUCGCACUGGAGCUGCAGAAGAAGACAAAGGAGCUAGAAGACUUGCACGCCCUACUAAAGGGACAAGGGCAACCUUAUAAUGAGGACAAAGACACGAAGGGAGGGAAGACAGAAGGAGGCAGGGAGGCGGAUGAGGAGGACGAGGAGCUGCGAGCGAUGGUGUGGGAGGAGAUCGGGGUGGUGGGGGGGGAGAGGCAGGCGCUGCUGCGGAGUGCAGUGAGGCGGAUACUACCAAAGGAUGAGGCGGACAGCCGAGGAUGCAUCGUGGAAGUGCGAGCAGGCACGGGUGGCGACGAGGCAGCCCUCUUUGCUGCUGACGUCUUCCAGAUUGCAGCAGAGGGCGCAGACAGUGCAGCAGAGGGCGCAGACAGUGCAAUGUUGCAGAGAGUAGCGACCACUGAGAAAGCAGGCAGGGCAAUGUGCAUACAAUACGAGCACCCUUGCGAGGGGGUGUUCGGGUGGCUCAAGUGGGAGAGUGGCGUGCACAGGGUGCAGCGGGUUCCAGCUACAGAGAAAUCAGGCAGGGUGCACACGAGUGCUGCUACCGUAGCGGUGUUGCCCCAAGCUGACGAGGUGAGUGGUGCAGAGGGGUACAGAACGGUGCAGUGCAGAACGGGUGGGCGUGUUUGGGUGGCUCAAGUGGGAGAGUGGCGUGCACAGGGUGCAGCGGGUACCGGCUACGGAGAAGGCAGGCAGGGUGCACACGAGUGCUGCUACCGUGGCUGUGCUGCCCCAAGCAGACGAGGUGAGCGGUGCAGAAUAGUGCAGAGCGGUGCAGUGCAGAGGGUAGCGAGGGAGCACAGGGUGGACGUGUCAAUCCGGCAGGAGGAUGUGCACAUCGACACGUACUGCAGCGGGGGGCAGGAGGAUCUCCGCAUUGAUACGCAGGAGGAUCUGCGAAUCGACACGUACCGCAGCGGCGGGUGUGGAGGGCAGUCGGUGAACACGACCAACAGUGCCGUGCGCAUCACCCACUUGCCAACCGGGCUUGUGGUGGCUAUUCAGGACGAGCGCUCUCAGCACAUGGUGAGGAUGAUAGCACUCGGUGCCGUGCGCAUCACCCACUUGCCGUCGGGGCUUGUGGUGGCGAUACAGGACGAGCGGUCUCAGCAUAUGAACAAGGCCAAGGCGCUCAAGAACAAGGCCAAGGCGCUCAAGGUGCUGAGAGCGAGGCUGUUCGACCUGCAGAGGAAGCAGGCGGAGGCGUCUCGGUCGCAGCUGAGACACGGGCAGAUCGGCUCUGGUGAUCGCUCGGAGCGAAUCCGCACGUACAACUUCCCGCAGGGCCGAAUCACGGACCACCGCGUGGGGGUCACCCUGCACUCGCUGCCUCAGGUGUUGCAAGGGGAGGGCCUGGAAACGUUCAUAGAGGCCCUGGAGGCCGCAGCAGAGAAGGAGGCGAUAGAUGGCCUGGCCAAGGCAGGGUAG